AAUGUAAUAAAUGGAAGAGGAAGAAUAAUAAGAACAAUUAUAAAACUUAGGUUCCUUGUUUGGUAUUAUUGACAUCUAUUCACUAGUAUUCUAAAGAAUAAGAGAAACCUAGAGAAAUUAUGGACUACAACAUGGAGAUUAUUAAAGAUACAGGACAUAUUGCUAUAAUAAAAUAAACAAACUCAGACACUAAAUGCAAUUUACUCAUGGAAAGAGAUUUCAAAAGAAGGUUAUUUAAGAUGUGGUCAAGGUAUAAUCCAAAUAUUGAAAUUAGAAUGAUCCACGUGUUUUAUAAGUAUUAUUGUAUUAAGCAGAAAAGAAUUGGGCACAUGCCAUNGUAGACUUUACUAAAUUCUAGCAUAUAGAAUAUUAAUUGAUGAUUUCUUUUAUUUUGUCUCUGAGUAACAUAGCUUUGGGUAUAAUUUAUUACACAUAAGCGGAUGGUCUAAAAGGAAUUGAUGGUCAGAACAGAAUAUAUCAUGAAUAUCAAAAAUAUAAUUGUUUUAUAGACGAAGCAAUUACAAUUGUAUUUCAAAUAACUUAUGUUAUAGGCUGUUAAAGAAGUAAUAUUAUUUGCAGAGCAUUCAUACUUAAACACAGAACCAUGGGUGAAAGGAUGCUUCUAUGGAAGUAUCUGUUUUAUUCUGAUUAUUGUCAUCUUAUUAUUUCUGCAAUAUUAAAGGGUCUAACAAUUCUUUGUUAAACCUUGGAAAGUGAAAUUAAACUGA